CUGUCAGUUUGUCUUCAACGGUGUGAAAUAAUUUAUCAGUUUAUCAGAACUUGCAAAGAACCUAUGAGGGAAGUUCUGCUCUCUGAAAACCGUUUUAAGUUUUCCAUUAAAAGUGUGUGCCCGUGAUUUGUGCCUAUAAACAAAUAACAACAUUGAAUUUGCCUUUUCCAACAUAGAAGUGCUUUAUUUUAGUCAUGUAGUUGAUUAUUUAUAUGGACUUCCAAACAAACCAAAGUAUAUAGAAUAAAUAAGACCAAAACCUUUAAACAAGUUGUAGUUCCACAUACACGAAUUCAAAAUGGAUCAAAUGCUACCAAGUCCUGGCUUUAGCAUUCCCAGUAUUGGGACACCUUUGCAUCAGCCUGAAGAAGAUCAAAUGAUUUUGCCAAAUGCACUUCAACAGCAGCAGCAACAACCAUCAACGACACAGUCACAACAAGUUCCACCGUUAGCCCCCAUGGGGGCUCUCACACCCACGUUAGGUUUAGGAAUGGGGAUGUCCAUGCCACACACGAAAUAUGUGUCAGGAUUUGCACUCCCCAUUACAAGUAUACAAUCCCAAACACCACAACAUACAAUGAUGUCCCCUAUGGUAAAUUUAGGUGGGACAAGUGGAGCAGCAACAACACCAUCAAUGGGACCCGCUACCCCGUCGCCUUUAACCCCAAUGACCCCCCAUUCAGCAGACCCAAACAUCGUACCUCAGCUACAAAACAUUGUAUCAACAGUGAAUCUCAGCUGCAAACUAGACCUAAAGAAAAUUGCGUUACAUGCCCGUAACGCCGAAUACAACCCCAAACGUUUCGCCGCCGUCAUAAUGAGAAUUCGUGAACCUAGAACCACAGCUUUAAUCUUUUCUUCGGGCAAGAUGGUGUGCACUGGGGCCAAGAGCGAAGACGACUCGCGAUUAGCGGCCCGGAAAUACGCCCGAAUUAUUCAAAAAUUGGGUUUUCCGGCCAAAUUUUUAGAUUUUAAGAUUCAAAAUAUGGUGGGGAGCUGUGAUGUUAAAUUCCCUAUUAGAUUAGAAGGACUUGUUCUCACGCACAGUUCUUUCAGUUCUUAUGAGCCUGAACUGUUUCCAGGGUUGAUCUACCGGAUGGUGAAACCCAGAAUUGUGUUGUUGAUUUUUGUUUCGGGCAAGGUUGUGUUGACGGGAGCUAAAAUUCGACAGGAGAUUUACGAAGCGUUUGAUAAUAUUUAUCCGAUUUUGAAGAGUUUCAAAAAACAAUGAAGCUUAGUUGUUGAAAGACUAUUAUUUUUUUGGAGCGUAUUUUAUAAGAAUGGUGUUUUUUUUUAAAUAAAUGCAAUAAAACAGA